GGUUAAGAGUUUAUUGUGGAGACACUGCACUUUUAGAGUUCGAAGCAAAAUGUUCUCAUUAAGAAACGCUGCGAAACGGGAAAUAAGUUUUUUACAAUUUUUAUGCAACAUAAGACGCGGUGCAGCUGCUAAAGCAACUACAUUAUCUGCUGUUGCUAAUGGAAAGAUUGUGGCAGUAAUUGGUGCAGUUGUUGAUGUGCAGUUCGAUGAUGACUUACCUCCAAUUUUGAACGCUCUGGAGGUGGAAAACCGUGCCCCACGUCUAGUGUUGGAAGUAGCUCAACAUUUAGGUGAAAACACUGUGCGUACUAUUGCCAUGGAUGGUACUGAAGGUCUGGUACGUGGACAAACGGUUCUAGAUACUGGUUACCCAAUUCGCAUCCCUGUAGGCGCUGAGACUUUAGGACGAAUCAUCAACGUUAUUGGUGAACCUAUUGAUGAACGCGGCCCUAUUCCGACAAAGAAGACUGCCCCUAUCCACGCUGAAGCUCCUGAAUUCGUUGACAUGUCGGUAGAGCAAGAAAUUUUGGUGACUGGAAUCAAAGUUGUUGACUUACUAGCUCCCUAUGCUAAGGGUGGUAAGAUUGGAUUGUUUGGUGGCGCUGGUGUCGGCAAGACUGUAUUAAUCAUGGAACUGAUAAAUAAUGUAGCUAAGGCUCAUGGUGGCUAUUCAGUGUUCGCUGGUGUUGGAGAGCGCACGCGCGAAGGCAAUGACUUGUACAAUGAAAUGAUUGAGUCUGGUGUAAUAUCACUAAAGGAUAAGACCUCAAAGGUCGCUUUGGUAUACGGUCAAAUGAACGAGCCCCCAGGUGCUCGUGCUCGUGUAGCGUUGACUGGGUUAACUGUUGCCGAAUAUUUCCGUGACCAAGAGGGCCAAGAUGUACUUCUUUUCAUCGAUAAUAUUUUCCGUUUCACCCAAGCUGGUUCUGAGGUAUCUGCUUUAUUAGGCCGUAUUCCAUCUGCUGUAGGUUACCAACCAACUCUAGCCACUGACAUGGGUUCUAUGCAGGAGCGUAUUACAACCACGAAGAAAGGUUCAAUCACCUCUGUACAGGCUAUUUAUGUGCCAGCUGAUGAUUUGACCGAUCCUGCUCCAGCAACAACAUUUGCUCACUUGGAUGCCACAACAGUGCUGUCGCGUGCAAUUGCAGAACUCGGAAUUUAUCCAGCUGUGGAUCCUUUGGAUUCUACUUCCCGUAUUAUGGAUCCCAACAUCAUUGGUCAAGAGCAUUACAACGUAGCACGUGGCGUGCAAAAAAUUUUGCAAGACUACAAGUCGCUGCAAGAUAUCAUUGCCAUUUUGGGAAUGGAUGAGUUGUCUGAAGAGGAUAAACUUACAGUUGCACGUGCUCGCAAGAUACAACGCUUCUUGUCGCAGCCAUUCCAAGUUGCUGAAGUUUUCACUGGCCAUGCCGGAAAACUAGUGCCGUUGGAAGAAACUAUUAAAGGAUUCAAUCAGAUUUUAUCAGGCGAGUAUGACCAUCUUCCAGAAGUAGCUUUCUAUAUGGUUGGACCCAUUGAAGAAGUAGUGCAAAAAGCCGAACGAUUGGCAAAGGAAGCCGCAUAAAUUAAUUUAAGAAAGAAUUGUGAGUGGCAGUUGCUAAGGAACACUAGGUUAGUGGAUGUGAAAUAUAAACGUAAUCCUGAACAUAUAUCACUUAAA